AUGUCUCUUUUUCUCUCUUCUUCCUCCUCCUCCCUCCCCUCAACAGAUGCUUGUUCCUUUCUGAUGACUGACACCUUAUCUUCUUCUUUGUGUCUGCUACCAUACCCCCCCUCUCUCUCUCUCUCUCUCUCUCUCUCUCUCUCAGUCCUUAGGUCCACUACAUUCAGUCUUGGUGCCUCUCUCUCUCUCUGUCUAUUUCUCUUGUUUCUUCAUUUGUCUCCCUGUCCAUGCAUUUAUUUAUUCCCUAUCUCUCUCUCUCUAUCUCUUUCUCUCUCAGUCCUUGAAUCUACUUUUCCUCUGUCUUUUAACUCUACUCCCACCCUUCUCUCGCUUCCUCUUUACCUGAUUGUGCUGACUUUUUUUUCUCCUUUUUUCUUUUUUUUCUCUCUUUCCUUAUUUGUCUCUCUCUCUAUCUAUUUCUCUCUCUCUCUAUGUCUCUCUACUUCUCUCUUUCUCUCUCUCUACAUUGUCAGCGUAAGACCAACUCGCUGUUACAUUACUUCAUUGAAAAAAAAAAAAACUCCCCUUUCUCUCUGCAAACAACAACAUGUUAUUUCUUUGCACUGUUUGUCAUCCAUCGCCUUUACCCUUUUCGUUCUCUCUCUCUCUCUCUUCACUUCCCACGUUUUCACCCACUGUUUUGCACCAUUUCGGUUUUUUUUUUCUAUUGUUUCUCUUACCCGCUCUCGUUAUACACUUUACCAUCCCUCUCUAACUUUGUUCACUUUUACUUUCUCUGUUCAUAUUCACACGCCUUUUCUCACUGACCAAAUUUCUCUGCACUAUUUUCUUUCCUUUUUUCCUGUGCCACUCAGCAUCUUUCUCACUAUAUUCGUCUUUCUCUCUCACCUUUCGUCUUUCUCUCUCACCUUUCGUCUUUCUCUCUCACCUUUCGUCUUUCUCUCUCACCUUUCGUCUUUCUCUCUCACCUUUCGUCUUUCUCUCUCACCUUUCGUCUUUUCUCUCUCACCUUUCGUCUUUCUUUCACCUUUCGUCUUUUCUCUCUCACCUUUCGUCUUUUCUCUCUUUUUCGUCUUUCUCUCUCACCUUUCCUCUUUCUCUCUCACCUUUCCUCUUUCUCUCUCACCUUUCCUCUUUCUCUCUCAUUCUUACUUGUCACCGCUGUCAACAUUAUCCUCGUCUAUGUUCCUCUUUCCUUCUCCUUGA